UUAUAUAGAUAUACACAAUAUAAAAUUUAUAUGUAAAAUAUUAACUAAAUUAUUGUUAACUCGUUAUAGCUGCUUCUUUUGAUGACUUUAAUACCUCUUGUAAGAGUUGACAAGUGGGUUUUUUCUGUUUCAUUUAUUAUACGCAGAACUAAGAAUGUUUACAUCAUCGCCAGUUCAUUCGUCAGACUCUGACUAUUGGAAAAAGUUAGUUGUCUUUGAUUCAGAUGAAGAUCAGUGCAGUAAUGAGAGUGAAGUUUUUCUUCCAUUAUCCCUUGGUCCAUUAAACCAGAAAUCUAUUAUUAACGAUUCUGGUUUAAUGUGCGAUGAAGACCUUGAAAUUUUUGAAAGUGGAGAAGAGACAGAUGACUGUAGCACAAAUCAUGAAAUUGAUUUUGUUUCUCAUGCUUUGGUAAAAGAUACAAAUAAAGUAUUAUAUGAAGAUUUGUUAACUACAGAACCUUCUAAGUCAAACAACAGCUCAUCUGAUGAAAAGGUUAGACAACUAAACAAUUCACAUGUGAGACCAAAAAACGAAAUCAAUAAACUAUCUAAAAAAAGUAAUCCAAAACCAAAGCGACCUUGUUUUAUAUGUGGUGUGCAUCAAUCAGCACUUUCAAGACAUUUUCUAACACAUAAAAGUGAUCCUAGAAUAUGUGAGGCUUUUAAAUUGUCUAAAAUAGAGCGUCGUAAAGCAUUUCUUUUAAAAAACAAGGGAUUCAUCAGUUUAACUUAA